AUGGAAAAAGUCUGGUUCAAGCUCCGUCAAACCGAUUAUCCUCCCGCCCAAGAGGACGCCAUCCUCCGCGGCGACGGCGAUGAUUCGACUGCCCCUCUCUCUCUUGGCCACUUCAUCUCCAACCUCAAAACCCUCGACUUUCCUCUCAACCACGGUUCAAUCCUGCCGUUUCCCCCACGCAUGCGCGUCUUUUGCAACAGCACUCUCAACUUCACAUGGGACGAUACUAGAUUGAGGUCUCCGGGGACUAACCUCGCUGCUGGAGCCCCAAUACUCGCCGCUACAGGCGUCACGGCCAAGGCCAGUCUGCAGUUUGCAUUUAUGAAGACUGUGGAGAGUCACGAGGAGUACGAACGGUUGGAUACGUAUAUAGUGCAGCCUACCAAGGUGUAUAUAGAGGAUUGUCUGGAGCAAGAUCAGUUGAAAGCCUACGUCAAGGGAAAGGUUUCGUGGUCGAUGUUUAUGAUCACAGGCAUCAAAGUCGCCCGUGCGGGGAAGCGCGAAGCGCAGGAGGAAACCAACAUCGCAGCUGAUAUCGGUCCAGAAUUGGACCUUCCGUUGGUUGCUACAAUGAGAGCUACAGCUACCAACCAACGCAUCGCGUCCCAGCGAGUUUCUGGGCAGCAUCCUGGAGACUUCAUCUGGGCUGUCCGACUUGCCAAGAUCCACAAGGGCCUACUGAUGAAGGACUGGUCAGUGGAUCCGUACACCAAGAGAGCUACGUUUGCCGCCGGAGAUGAGAGUGAGCUAAAUGUUGAAGGCGUCCUCAGAGACGAAGGCUUGGAGGGCUUUACGAUUGUCGAGGAUGACAAGGUUGACGAAGUUGUUAUUUUGGAUAGUAGCUCGAGAGGUUAA